AUGGGACAAAAUAGUUCCGAAAUAGUUAAGCGAGAAGAAGUAUUCUUUCUGAGCGGUGGGUUAAGUGUUAUAGGUUAUUCUCCUACUUCCAAAGGAGGAUUACCACUAUGUGAAGUACCUUGCACAAUUUCUUUUCCAGUUCAAUUUAGAGAUAACAAAGGAUUUUUAAUUUCUUAUGAUUGUGCUACCACUAGUGUUUUUGUAGAUGAUAUUUUAAUCGGUAAAGUUUCGAAUUUCUACAAUUUUAAACCUGAACUUGGUCUCGAGUAUGCGUUUGGAAAUAGUGUGGUGAUGCCAUUAGUAUCUAUUCCUGUAUUACCUAUUCCUAAUCAACCUCCUCUUAACUUUGAAGUUUGUGCUUUUGGAGGAGAAAGUGGAUUUGUUUGUGGAGAAAUUGUGGAUUUUGGUGUCACAAUAACGGUAAAUGUUCCGAAAACGUGUGGAGAUAAGACUACUCAACUUUUCAAUGUAACUAAAGUGCUAAUGAAUAAAGUUUAUUCUGAAGGCGAUCUUGGUGCUCCCGUUUAUAUUCCUCUAAUUCUUGCGGACAGCGGUGGAUUAAAAAUAGCCAGUGGUGAUUUAAGUUAUCUUUUGCCACCUAAUAACACGGAUUCUGGUAGUGUUUCUGUAUCUGAUGAUUUAACAAAGGAGUCAAAUGUUUCAGACAUUAAUAAUCUUGUUCGUCGGCAACCUCCUCAACCUCAAGCAGUAGAUGUUCAUGCCGGGAAGAGGAUGUGGAUUUUUAAAUCUAAUCAUGGUGAAGCCCCCAUUGAUGGAAAUAAUGCUAAAAAAUGUACUUUCGGUUUUGCAGUAAGAAAAGUUCGCGGACGCAACCGCUUUGACCAUGGAUUUUUAACUUUGAGUGGUUGUAUGCAUGGUACUAUAAUGGGGUUUCCAUAUAAUGGCAACCCUGCUUACUAUACUCCUAAUCAAAAUUGGGUGCAACAAGAAGCAAUCCAAUUAGGGGCAAUUGGAAGUUUAGUACAUGAACCCGCUAAUGACAACCACAACCUCAAACUUGAUUGUAUGAAAAUCAAGAACUUUGCUGGUGAGGAAGUUCCUCUGGUCAUAUGUGUGGAACAGUUGUUGAUACUAGUGCAACACGAGUCAAAGCUAAUCCCUGAAGAUGGAAUAUUUAUGUUGAUGCGUUUAAUCAAGGUUCGUGUGGAUGAGAAUUAUCGACCUCAUGCUGAGGAGGGUCAUCAUCAGAGUGAUAGCGGUGCUCCCGUUUACCUCCCCUCUCAUAAUAGACUUGGCUUAAUAACUGCGGCUCGACCG